AGACCUAGAGGUGCGGCGGAAGGCAGCAGAUUCGGGCGGGUCUGGGCGGGGCUGAGUAGACCGCGGAGGCGGAAGCAGCAGCCCGUUGGGCGGGGAAGGGGCUGGUCCUGGAAGGAGGAGGAAACCUUGAAAAGAAAACAGCAACAAGCUGAGCUGCUGUGACAGAGGCAAACAAAAUGGCGGCGCCGAAAGGGAGCCUCUGGGUCCGGGCCCAACUGGGGCUCCUGCCGCUGCUGUUGCUGACCAUGGCCCUGGCCGGAGGCCCAGGGACUGCUUCCGCUGAAGCGUUUGACUCGGUCUUGGGUGAUACGGCAUCUUGUCACCGGGCCUGUCAGUUGACCUACCCCUUGCACACCUACCCCAAGGAGGAGGAGUUGUACGCCUGUCAGAGAGGUUGCAGGCUGUUUUCCAUUUGUCAGUUUGUGGAUGAUGGAAUUGACUUAAAUCGGACCAAACUGGAAUGUGAAUCUGCAUGUACAGAAGCAUAUUCCCAAUCUGAUGAGCAAUAUGCCUGCCAUCUUGGUUGCCAGAAUCAGCUGCCAUUCGCUGAGCUGAGACAAGAGCAACUCAUGUCCCUGAUGCCAAAAAUGCAUCUACUCUUCCCUUUAACUCUGGUGAGGUCAUUCUGGAGUGACGUGAUGGACUCGGCACAGAGCUUUAUAACCUCUUCAUGGACUUUUUAUCUUCAAGCUGAUGAUGGGAAAAUAGUUAUCUUCCAGUCCAAGCCAGAAAUCCAGUAUGCACCACAGUUGGAGCAGGAACCUACAAAUUUGAAAGAAUCGUCACUGAGCAAAAUGUCCUCAGAUUUGCAAAUGAGAAGUUCACAAGCACACAGGAACUAUCUUGAAGAUGGAGAAAACGAUGGCUUUUUAAGAUGCCUCUCUCUUAACUCUGGGUGGAUUUUAACUAUGACUCUUGUCCUCUCCGUGAUGGUAUUGCUCUGGAUUUGUUGUGCAACUGUUGCUACAGCUGUGGAGCAGUAUGUUCCCUCUGAGAAGCUGAGUAUCUAUGGUGACUUGGAAUUUGUGAAUGAACAAAAGCUAAACAGAUAUCCAGCUUCUUCUCUUGUGCUUGUUAGAUCUAAAGCUGAAGAUCAUGACGAAGCAGGGCCAUUACCUACAAAAGUGAAUCUUGCUCAUUCAGAAAUUUAAGCUUUUUUUUUUUUUUAAAGAAAAAAUGUAAUAGACAUCUAAAUUUCCAUUCCUCAUAGAGCUUUUUAAGAUGGUUUUGUUGGAUAUAGGGCUUAAAAAUCACUAUUAAAUGCAAAUAAAGUUACCCAAAUCUGUGAAGACUGUAUUUGCUGUAACUUUACCUAUAAUUUUUUUUCUAGUAAUUUAAGAGAAGGAUAUUUGGGAUUGUAUUUUUAUUUUACUAAUCUCUGUAGCUAUUGUAAUUGUUAUUUGCAUUGUUUUUGUUUGUUUCUUUCUUAGUGAAAUUCUAGGAGCUGAGCAUUGUCCUUCCCCACCUCCUGUGGUGAUACUGUCAGUCACCAGCUGAAUACUCAGUAGGAUAUGAUGCUCCUACUCAGAAAUGGCCCACAACCUGUAAUUUGAAAUGUAGCAGAAAAUGCCCUUUAAUGACACUACAUUUUCAGUUGUAUGGAACUGAGAUCAUUAAAAUUUUGUUUGAAUAAUAAUGUUCUGAAAUUUGAGUUAAUAUACUCCUGAUUUUCCAGAUCUUCCCUUUCACUCCUACCCAGCCCAGAAAAUAAUUAGGACAUGUUCUAUGGCUAUUUAUUGAGCAAAUUGAAACAAAAAUGAUCUUCUCACAAGUGUGUUUUAUGUUAUUUUGCACAGGCAAUAGAUUUUUUUGGCUGGAUGUAUCUUUCCAAAGAACCAUUUUUCUCUGUUAGAAAGCAUAUGAAGUGUAAAAAAUAUUUUCAUUGAGAGUAAUUCUGUGAAACAGACUUAAGUAGAGAUUUUACUUUGCAAAAACUAUUGUUAUCAUCCCUUUAUCAUUAUCAGUAAUGCAGACACAAAUAUAAGAGCACAUCAGUCUUGACCCGAUUCAGUGUCGUUUUACCAUGAAAUGUUAAAUGACCUUGCAGACCUGUACGUCCUCACUCCGGGGGGCCUUCCUGGCAACUGCAGGAGUGCUGUUGGACUAAAGGGUGAGUCACACGCUUACCUUCAGCCUGGUCAUCAGCUUUCUCUGAGUCAAAAGAAAAUACAAUUAACUAACCAAGUAAGGCUUUGGUCACAAAAUAAUAGGCUUUGGUUUUUUAAAUAGUAGAUUGUCUAGAUUUGGAAGCUAGAGGGUUAGAAAGUGUGGAACACAUCGAAAUGGGGAAGAGAAGGAGUCAUUGUCUCUUUUUAUGAGAAAACAGUUGUAAAACAAACGGAAUGGAUUGAUUUACCUUAAAAAAAAAAAAAAAAAAAGUCCAGUUGUCUUAUUUACCACCCGUGGUGUAUAUACAUUUCUGUUCACUAAUCAGGCCCAGGUUUAACUGUAAUGCUGCCAGUGAAGCAGGCUGCGGGGGGCAAACUCAAAAUGCCACAGGCCUGAAGUCAGAGAGAGAGAGCCCAGUGUUAGGAAAGCCUCCCUUUUAAACACAAAAACAAUACCAAAAAAAUCUCCAUGAGAAAGCGACUGUGUAAUUGUCCUAUAUUCUUCCACCUUCCCUUGGUUUUUUUCUCUGUGCUCCCCGAAUGAGGUACCCCUGAGAUAGCCUCGUUCCUCCGGGUUUAGACAGACUUUCCCCUCUUGUUCAUAAGCGGCAAUUCCUUGUAUGUGGAAAUACCCAGUCAUUCCUGUUAUUUAGUAGAUGUUCAGGUAUUUGCUUCCUGCCUUUUUUUUUAGCAUAAUUAAACCGGACUGACAUUUUCAAAAAGAGUUUUACUUUUAAAAAAGAAUUACACUCCCCCACCAAAUGUAUAUUGAAAAUACUGACUUGAAAAUUCCAACAAACACAACAAAACUGACCCCUUCUCCUAAAGUAACAGUGUAGCCCUUUGGAUGGGCCCAACUUCACUGGUUUACAUAAGAUAGGUAUCAUCUUCUUUCCUAUCACAUAGCUGCUUCUUGAGAAGCUUGCCUGGUCCUAGAAAAAUUAUCAAAACCCUGGGAGUCUCUGGUUCAAACUUCCCAGGCUCCUAAGGUCCUUCCUUCUUGGUUCAGGUCUCUGGUCUAAGAGACAGACUGAUUCAGGCAGUUUACUAAGACAGUAGUAAUUACCGUAAUGAAUGAUCUAGGCCCGAGAUUCCCAGUCAUCACAAAAACCUCACGGAUACCAUUUAUGUAUGAUAUAUUUUUUGGUAAAUGAGAAAUUACUAGAUUAUCUGUCUAUCAACCUUAUCUCAGAAAUUCCCGUUGUGCAUUAUCAGCCGGUCUGAGCUGCUAAUUAGCAUUUAAAACCUGGUAUUUUUACUCUGAGCCAAUAUUAUAGCCAAAAGCAAACAACUUUAUCCUUUGUUAUUAGUCUGUCUGGCUUUUAAUCUGAGGUAAAUGUGCCAUUUCUAUUAUGAUUCCUUUUUUUCCCCAUUAUGAUUCUUUAAAUAUAUGAGAUAGCCUCAUAGUAAUUUUUGUGGGUCCCUAAGUACCGCAUGUGCAGAAUCAUUAAUCUAGGGGUUUUCAGACCUUUUCUGAUAAAGCUAAUCAGCACCCCCCCCCUCACUUUAGGAGAAAUCUAUAAAAACAUUCUCAGCUGAGACCCCAUCACUUCCACACCAUGGCAGCGAUCUUGCCGAAAUGCAUCAAUGCUCAGUUUAACCAUUCAACAGCCGCUUGAGAGACCGAGUGCCAGGCCCUAUGUUAGCUGAUGGGACUGCAGCACCAAACAAGACCCAGUGCCUGACUCCGGUUGCUCAGUCUAAAGAAGGAGACAGACUAUUAUUACUGCACCAAAGACUGUGACCAGACGAGCAUAUUGUACUGUGGGAGUACAUAGGAGGGCCCCUGACUUCUGGGAGAAAGUGCUAUCCAAGCUUAAACCUGGAGGAAAAAGGAAAGCCAAACAAAAUACAGGGAGCAGUGUUCCAGGCAGUGGGAACAGUAUGUUCAAAGAUCUAGAGGCAAGAGGGUGGGGAACUGCAAAUUGUUCAGCAGGCAGAGAGAGAGAGCAUAAAAAGCGUAGCAAUAGAGCUGGGCGGACCAUGUAAUAAAGGACCUUAUUAAACCUGGACUUAGUCCUGAGCAAGGCAGAAAGCAGAAAAAGUUUUAAGAGAGUUACAGUGCUUUAGAACGAUGCCCUUGACUGCAAUGUGCAUGAUAGGAGUUCCCGUCAUGGUUCAGUGGUUAUCGAACCCAGCUAGCAUUUGUGAAGACUCGGUUUCCAUCUUUGGCCGCGCUUAGUGGGUGAAGGAUCCGGCAUUGCUGUGAGCUGUGGUGUGGGUCGCAGACGUAGCUCAGAUCCCGCGUUGCUGUGGCUGUGGCGUAGGCUGGUGGCUACAGCUCUGGACCCGUAGCCUGGGAACCUCCAUAUACCUCGGGGAGGAGGGGGGGGGCUAAAAAAAAAAAAAAAAAAAAAAAAAGGCAUGAUAGACCAGAGGGGCAAGUCCAGAGGCCAGCCACACAGAGACAGGAUAUUCCAUUCCCUUCCCAAGGCUGUGUUGUUUUUUUCAUGACCAAUAAUCAUAUUUCAUUUUAUUUCACAUAUUUUUGAGCUCUUAUCUAUAAGGCUCUCUGUUCCUCCACGUUAUUGUUUGGAGGAUAAGCUUAGCUGUUGGAUCCUGUCACAAUCUAAGUGUUGCCAAGCAAGCUGGGAAGGCUGUCCCAUGGACUCCUAAGCUUCUUGCCAGACCAUGUUGGGCUAAGUUUUUAAACUACAACCCUAGGUCAACUUACCACUGUCCUCCAAUUCUAGGUGUGCCAACCCAGCUGCUACCUACCCAGUGUGCUCUCGAGCCCCUCCCACCAUGUUUCUAGGUGCUGAGCGGGUUAUGUGUGCAUAUAAAUAUCAGUAUCAGCUGCCUUUUGGCCUUUCCUUCCUUGACGACUUGUAUUUAGACUAGAGUCUGAGGGUGGAGGUAUAUACAGUGACAGGGAUAAAAGAUUGAGAUAGCAGGAAAUGCAGCCUUCGGUGGGAAGCUAGAUUGUAAAAUUAGUGCGGAUUUUCUGAUUCCUUGUAUAAUUAUUUUUUUUCCACUUAAUUUAAUGAUUUUUAUUUUUCCAUUGGAGUUGAUUUACAGUGUUCUAUCGAUUUCUACUGUACAGCAAAGUGACCUAGUCAUACUGCAUAAUUCAAUUGUGAAGUACAGUUUAUAUACCUUUUCUGAAAUGUGUAAUGUUGAAAGCAGCUUUACAGUUUCACUAUUUAGUAUCCUCUUCCUGUGAUGAUUUCAUCUGUUUAGAGCAAGUGUUCGUAAACUUUUUUCAUGCCAUGGACCUUUUGAAUAAUCUGGUGAAGUCUAUGGCCUCCUUCUCAGAAUGUUUUCACAUGCAUAAAACUAAACACGAAGGAUUGCAAAGGCAACUAAUAUUAAAAUAUGGUUACUAGGGUAUUUUCAAAAUUUUAGGAUUAUGUAUAUUUGUACUUUAUUCACACAUAAAAUAAGGCCUAGUGGCGGUUCUAAAACUACUGGAACUUCAAAGUAAUACCAAAUUAUAAUUUUGAAAUAUCUGCAACAACUGUAAUGUGAUAUCUAAAUGGCUGAUUUCUGUUGGUGAAGUCACAGGUACUGCUAAUAAUAUUGUGGAUCAUUGCUUAUGUUCAUAAUUGAAGGAAAUGCUAUAUAUAUUUCAGUAAGAAGUUAGCGAAGACAUAUUUUUUUUCUCAUUCACGUUCGCUGAACCCCUGGUUUAGAGGUUGUCUGAUUUUACUUUGUCAUUUUAAGAGUAAACUGUUUUUGUUUGCUUGUUCAAAUCUAAAUUAUUUGGGCUUAUUUUACAGUUUUGUAUAUGCUUUUUAUACUUGAAUUGUUUUGCAACAUUGCAGCAGUAAUUGAAGGCUUGGGUGGAAUGAAAUCAGCAACUGAUUAGAAAUGAGAGGUUUCAACAAAAGCUCUUGAUAAUGUUACCUCAAGAUAUAUCAUUAUGCAGUCAUUAUUGGAGCCCUACAUCUGAUAAUUUCAUAAUACUUAAGUGUGUAAACUUCAAUAAAAUUUGGAUCAUCUA